GAAACUUUUGUUGAUCACUGUUCUUGGGGCAUUGCUUGCACAUGAUCGAUUUGAUAUACUAAGAGAGAAUGCAAGAAAGCACGUCAAUGCUUGAGGUGGUAAAAAAAAUUUCCAAUAUAGCUCAAGGUUCCAAGAAUGAAAGGAUUUUCUACAAAUUCUCAAAGGGUUUCAUCAAGGUUCAAAUUCAAGAAUGGUUGGCUAUUUGACUCAAACAAGCAAAAUACAACAAUGGCCUUGAUCAUAUAUCCAACAUGCAAGGGAAGAUUCAGCAUAGAAACUCAAGCAAAAUCAAAUGUGCAUCAACGAUGGUAUAUUUUGUCUUCACCCCUGCUCUUAUCUAUAGCAGCAUGUCUAAUACCUUAACCUUAAACAGUGUGAUUAUGUUGUGGUUCAUGCCUUUAAGUAUUCUUGGAACAUACAUUGCUGGAACAUUUCUUGGAUGGUUACUCAUCAAAAUAGUUAGAGUUCCUCCUCAUCUGCAUGGUCUUGUGUUAGGAUGCUGUGCUGCAGGAAAUCUGGCUAGUUUGCCUCUAACUGUAGUUCCAGCUAUCUGUAAACAGAAAAACAACCCUUUUGGAGAUGAAGCUAUUUGUCACAGAAAUGGACUUGCAUAUGCUUCUCUGUCCAUGGCUGUAGGAUACACCUAUGCUUGGUCUUUUACAUUCAACGUUGUUCGUAUAUAUUCUCCUAUGAUAUCUGAUGCAGCCAAAGUUGAUGAAUCCUCUGCAAAUUCAAAGUUUGAAUCAACAACUGAUCCAGAAAACCUUUUGAAAAGCUCUUGUGGAGCACUAAUCAUGGAUGCUGAUAUAGCAAAGCCUAAUGGUGGCAUGAAGCCAAGUGAAUUUGAAUGUAAAGUGCCUAAUGGACAAACAAAGGUACCAGAAAAGCCAAAGUUUAUCAAGCAGUUGAAACUAUUAGUUGAGAAGAUAAAAAACAUGAAGAUACUAAUUGCUCCUUCCACUAUGGCAGCGAUUAUGGGUGUGACAAUUGGUAUUGUGCCUCAACUUCGAAAAAUUCUAGUAGGUGACAAGGCUCUUCUUAAUGUGGUUCAAGACACUUUAACCAUGUUGGGGGAUGCAAGUGUUCCAGCAAUGGUGUUACUGCUUGGGGCAAAUCUUCUUAAGGGUUUAAAAGGAAUAGGAAAACAAGUUCCACUUAUUGUUGGCAUCAUUGUGGUUAAAUUUGUGGCCUUGCCAGCAAUAGGUGUAGGCAUUGUUAAAAGUGCUAUUCAUUUCAACUUGAUCCACCAUGAUCCAUUGUAUCAAUUUGUUUUACUGCUUCAAUAUGCCCUUCCACCUGCAAUAGUAGUGAGUACAAUUACUCAGAUGUUUGGAGUUGGUGAGGGUGAGUGCUCAGCUAUCAUGUUAGCAACUUAUGCCUGUUCUGCAAUUUUGCUUACUCUUUGGUGCACAUUGUUUAUGUGGCUUGUAAUAUAACUAUUUUCUAUUGUAAGAUUUUAUAUAUAUAUAUAUAUAUAUAUAUAUAUAUAUAUAUAUAUAUAUAUAUAUGUAUGUAUACGUAUAUAUGUUCACACAACACAUGUAUCAUUGUCAAGUGCAUUUAAGGAGCCAAAAUUGAACAUAGUUUGGCUAAAUUAUGAGUGGCAGAAGAGGGACAGAGAUUUGAACAAUGCAAAAGUAUAUGAAAAACAUACUAUAUGUCAUUAAUAUUUUCACUUAAA